AUGUUCCGGACCUUCCUCGCGCUGCUGCUAACAGCAGCAUUCUCCUGUUCUACCGCAGCACUUCCUGCCAAAUUUUCUCCCCAACCUGCGUAUCCUUUGGCUCACAACAGUCCUCUGGUCGCCCAUGACCCGAACAUCAUCCAACAUAGGGGUUUCUAUUACCUCUUCAAGGGAGGUAUUGGCGUACCAUUUUCCAAGUCAAAGACCCUCGACGGCCCGUGGGAAGACAUGGGACCCGUCUUAACGGGACCCAGCAUAAUCCCCAAGCAAAACCGAACAAGACCUUGGGCCCCAGCCGUCAUUGCAAAAGACAACACUUUCUACUGCUUCUACACAGUCAGUCAUCGUGGCAGCAACGACAGUGCCAUUGGGAUAGCUACGUCCAAGGAGCUCAGAUCCGGCGCCUGGAAAGACCACGGGGCAAUCAUUCAAACUGGCACGGGUCCUGGCUCGCAAAAGUACCCUUUUAAAGAGGCCAAUGCUAUCGAUCCGCAUGUAUUCAUUGAUCCAAAAGAUGAGCAGGCGUACCUGAUCUUUGGCAGCUUCUUUUCGGGCAUGUGGCAGAUCCCUCUGAGCAGUGACAUCCUCUCCCUCAAAGAUCCAGAACAUAUCGACGCGACACGUCUCGCUACCAAGCCUGAAGAUGUAAAACCUAAUGAUGAAGAGGGCGGGUUCAUGACCUAUAGAGAUGGAUGGUACUAUUUUUGGUUCAGUCAUGGCAAAUGCUGUCACUUUGACCCAAAACAUCUUCCCGAGGAUGGAAAGGAAUACUCCAUCCGAGUAGGCCGCUCGAAGAACGCACGAGGCCCGUUCACAGACAAGAACGGUAAGCCAUUAACAUCCGGGGGCGGACACGUUGUAUAUGGCUCGAACCACAACAAAAAAGUAUACGCACCUGGCGGGUUGGGAGUGCUAUCAGACCGUUCACAAGAUAUUCUGUAUUACCAUUUCCGUAAGCCUUUCCUUUCAUACCUCUGCUGGAUGCACUGUUCCAAAGUCAGCUAGGCUAACAAUUUUCCUCCCUUGUGAAGUUAAUACCAGCGUCGGUCUCCGCCAUACGGACGCUUAUAUGGGAUGGAGCUACCUGGAAUAUAUCAAUGGCUGGCCGGUUGCAAAAUACGAGCCGGUUAAUAGUAGAGCAUAGUGCAUGGAAUUUGAACUAGUGUGAUCUUCACGGGUACUUGCUGCUACCAAGAGGAGCCGGACCUUGGCUGGGUGGAAUUUUCUGCGAGGAUUGUGUUGUAUUUUAGGGAUCAUCCCUUUUCGAGCAUAAUAUAUGCCAUUUCUAGAUAGUACUACGAUAAUAUGUUGGAAACAGCUUUUGAUGAUUAAGUCCCGGCCGAAGCAUAAUGCACCUCAAUUCUGAGUUGAGAACAAGCUUUUUAUGUUCAGCGGCAAUCCGGACUGUUGGCUGCAUUCCUCAGUUACCCCAUAUGA